AUGUCACAAAUCUUUAUAAAAUUAGAGGAAAAUAUCUUGGUGCAUUUACAAUUAAUCCAAGAAAAGCGAUCCUCAAUCAACAUUCUAAAAAUAUGUGAAAGCCAAUAAUCAAGUCGAAUCUAAUCUUGUUAUACCAAUCAAAAUAAUAUCUAUACCUAGUAGUUAUCAAAUCCCUUAUUUUAUAUUUCCAUAGAGUAUAAUAGAUUUCAAAAUUAUUAAAUUCAGUAUUUUGAUUACUCAUUUGAUGAUUGUUAUUUAAAUGAUCUAGAUAGUUUUAUUGAAGAUGAAGGAGACAAUGAAAUUAUUCAAUGUUAAUCGAAACUCAAAAUGAUAAAUGCUGCAUAUCUUAACUUUAUAAUUAACACUUUAGAUUCAGACAUUCGAAAUAUCAUGCUCCAAGAUCAAUGUUCUUUGAUUGAUUCCAAGAUGGUUAAAGAUCCCUCGCAUAUCUAUAAUGAUGAUUAAAUUAAUAGAAAAGUAAGCUCUUUGUAUAGACGUAUCAAAAGAAAGGAUCAAAUGGAACAAUCUAAAAAACUUAUUCAUCACUACAGUGAUAUUUUGACAGGCAUAUUUGAAGAUGAAUAUGAAAUUGAUAAUCUGGCUCAUGAUUAUGGUUUGGUUGAAUUCGACGAAUAGAUACAAAUGCAAUAAUCUACUAGCAAAUUUGAAAAGGCAAGAAUCAUGAUUAAUUCAGCUAAGCCUAUUAAAAAAAGGACAUCAAAUCGUGAACAAUCUCCACCAAGUGAAAGAUCAAAUUAAAAAACAAAUACAAAAAUAAUUAUGUCUUCACCUCGACAUUAAACAAUCAAUUACACAACUAAUGUUUAGAAACCUGUUAAAUAAUUGCUUUAAGCUACUUCAAGUCAAACCAGCGUUGUACAAAGAAGAAGUGAUUCUCCACAGGAUGAGAUGAGCCUGAAAGAAUCAUGUAAUUUAAAUACUACCUAAUCAAACAAAAUGAAGGCUACUUUGACUUUGCAAAAUACAACAAAUCCUAUUUCUUAAAAAGAGGAAGAGAUAGUGAAAACUUUAAUGACCAAGAGUCAAGAGAGAAGGAAUCCUAUUAUCAUAUCUUCUAUGAGUAAAAACUCUCUAUAAAUGAGAACUUAAAUUAAUGAAGCUCGUAGAAGAUAAUCUAUUGCGGUAAUCGAGAAAAUCAAGUUACUCAUUGAAGAGUAAAAAUUGGCAGAAAUUGAAGAAGAGUUUACCAACAAUCCAAAUUUGAUGAUCAAUGAACGUUUCAAAGGAAACAACACUUAUCUUAUUAUGGCUGCAUAGACUGGGAAUAUUGAGAUUGUAGAAUUCUUAUUACGAAAAGGAGCACAAGUCAAUUUAUAAAAUAAUGAUGGAGACACUGCUCUGCAUAAAGCCAUCGCUUAUCAAUUCUACAAAGUUGCUGAUCUCCUGAUUGCACAAGGAGCACAAAACAUACGUAAUUGUGAUGGCUUGAGUCCUUGGCAGUUAGUUUAAUGAUUAUAUAUCUGUUAUUAUUACUAAUAUAAUUUAAAA